AAAAAUGAACUUUUUGUAGUUGAAUUACUAGAAGAAUAUUAUCCAAAAAUCCCAAUUUAAACCUUUUUUCUUGAUUUACAGUUUGAAACUUUUUUUCAGUUACGAUUCAUAUAGUUCACUUCAACUUUCUUGGGGUUAAUGCAAAAUACAAAAUUUCAACUUUCAUGAUGUUAGUAAAAGUCUUUUCUUCGUGACUGAUUUACAUAUUCGACUCCAACUUUUUUGGGAUUGAUGUUAUACCAACUUUCUUGAUUUUUAGUUGAAGUCUUUUUUUUGUGACGAUUCACAUAGCUGACUCCAACUUUCUUGUAAUUAAGGCUUAACUCUAACUUUCUUGGAGUCGAGUCAUAAUUUCAACUUUCUUGAGAUUGAGGCGUAGUUGUUAUAUAUAGUUUUAAGUGAAUCUUGUGAGAUUAAAGAGUAGAAAAAAAAAGUGGAUAUGAUUUUGCAAGAAGAUGAUGGCAAUUUGAUGCCACCUACAAAUUUCUCAGCAGUGGAAGAUAACUGCAUUUAUAGAUCUGGUUUCCCUCAGUCCUCCAAUUUCCCAUUUUUGCAAUCACUCAAUUUGAGCUCUAUCAUAUGUUUGUGUCAAGAGCCUUAUCCUGAAGAGAAUUUGAAGUUUCUUCAAUUUAACAAAGUAAAGCUUUUCCAAUUUGGAAUGGAUGGCACCAAGGAGUCAUCGACUAUGUCGAGGAGUGCUAUAACAGAGGCUUUGAAAGUGUUAACGGAUGUUAGAAAUCAUCCAGUUCUUAUCCACUGCAAGCGUGGAAAGCAUCGAACAGGUCGCAUCGUUGGUUGUCUAAGGAAAUGGCAGAGUUGGUGUUUGUCUUCUGUGAUGGACGAGUACAAGCAUUUUGCUGGCGCGAAAUGGAGAGAAACAGAUGUGAGAUUUCUCGAGACUUAUGAUGUUUCGUGCGUAAGGCAUUGCCUCGAGAGCAUUAUCUACACGUAUUAUGGUUCAACGAAAAGAUGCCUGCUAUGUAUAGAAGAAAUUCUGCAGAAACCUCUGAUGACUUCUGUUCUAUAGAGGCACUAUAUCAAUCCUUAUUGUAUUUUGAAGGAAUCGGAUAUUCGUUCAGUUGUAAAAAUCCGUUCUUUGUGUCAUCUAAGUGAAAAGUUCUGUUAGGUUCUUAGUAACAGUCCGCGACCUUUCCUCUUUUACUUCACCAAUUGUUCCUAAUGGAAGGAUAUUAAUUCAGAGAGUUAACAUUGAUUAUUCGGGUCUAGUUGCUGCUUCUUUUAGAAUGGUGUUGUCUGAUCCAGCUUUUAUGUACCUCGACUAAUUCACUGGGCAUAUACUUCCAUCCACCUGCACGUUUAUCGGGUAACUUUACCACUCAUUAUGCAUAGCAUUGAAUAGAGUGGGUUUCCCUUUUAGGUAGAUGAGAAGAAAUCACCUAGUGUCUCUUCUACCAGGAUUCAGGUCUUGUUUCCCGAUAUUACCACUCCAACUUUUUGAUCGCUAGGCCACUCCCUCGAGAGCUCAGGUUUGGUAGUAAAUAGUUUGAAGAUAAAUGAGAGAUAUUUUGGAGAUUUUCUGCAUUUUUCGAGUUGUCACAGAGGCAACAGUUUCAGAAAUGUCAACAGAGAAUAUUGAUGGAAAAUCGGGUAAUUCCCCUCAUAUUCAUUGUUGGCUAAUGAAUCGUUUACAUCUGCUUGCUUAACGCUAUACAAUUGAUGUUUAUGUUAGUAACGAUGCCAACAAUUAGGCCAAAAUACUUGGCCUGUUAUGCAAGUUGCAAGUUCUUGAAAUGCACAGUUAUCGCCUUUCAUUGAAGUGAUGCUCCAUAUAGCUUGUUUGCUCACUGACAUGUUGGUUCCAAUGUGUCGUAGCCUCGAUUGGUUCCACCUUGAUCAAAGGGGAUAAAUACAUAUAUAUUUCUAAACCUUGAACUGUGUGUGUAUUAUUUAAGUCGAAAGCAGUGACUGCAAAGAAUCUAUACUGAAUGAUGUAUCAGAAGACAGCUAGCGGAAUAGCUAGGUCCAGUACUGAAUCUCGUCUUUGGCUUUAAGGAGUCUCGAAUUAUUGUUGUCAGCGAUAAUAUGUUGUGUAUUCCCAUCUGCUAAAAAAGAAUCGGAUGCACCAUUUGGCAGUAAGAAAUUGUUAUUCAAAUGAAAGUGAGACUCGUUCUGUCUUGCAGGAAAGCUCAUUCGCGAUGGCAAUGGCAAUGGUAAUGGGAAGUCUGGGAGUUGUAAAGAAGUAGCUCCAAAACUCAAGUCCCCGAGGUAACUUGCACCAAAACUUGGCCUUAAAUAUUCGCUUCCCAUGAAAUGCUUUCUUUCGAAUGGAAUUGGUAGAUCUUGAAAUUGCACUCUGAUAUUUGAAUCUUUGAGACUUUUUCGAGAUGUUGUUGUGCAAGGCUGUUGCCCGUUGUUCAACAUAGAUGCUGAACGAACGUUUCCUGAAACACCAUUCGUCUUGUUUGUUGAUGGCACUUCAUGGUUAUGUUUCCCUUCAUAUGUUGUGAUUACUGAUUUAAAGUCAUCUGCUGCCCUUUCGACAUGUUUCCUCACUAUGCAUCCAGCACUCGUACAUUUGUAGUAGCUCCUACACACGAAACAAUUCUUUAAACAUACCAACUGAGUUAAAGAGUUGUGUUUCUCGGACUCUUUCAA